AUGGCUUCUUUGGAUAUCUUCCUCUUCUCUCUCAGUAGAACCUUUUGUACUCCUUUCGCCGUUUACAUUCAGAUCCAGGGAUGUUUUAUUUGCUUAACACUUGCUCUUGGGUGGGCUCUUGCUUCUUAUGUUAGGAACAGAGAGAUAAAACAAAUGAAGGAUGCUAUGAAGAAAGGGAAUAGUUUGUCUUUCCUUUGUCACGACAUUAAUGAACUUGAGCACUCCUAUCAGGCCAAUCUUCCAAGAGUAACAGUGGUUAUGCCCCUGAAAGGGUUUGGGGAACACAAUCUCCACAACUGGAGGAGUCAGAUAACAUCUCUUUAUGGUGGCCCUAUAGAGUUUCUUUUCGUGGUAGAAAGCACAGAGGAUCCUGCUUAUCGUGCAGUAUCACGGCUAAUAUCAGAAUUCGAGGAUGAUGUUGAUGUUAAGGUUAUUGUAGCUGGUUUAUCAACAACUUGUAGUCAAAAAAUUCACAAUCAAUUGGUUGGGGUGGAGAAAAUGCACAAAGAAAGCAAGUAUGUAUUGUUUUUGGAUGAUGAUGUUAGGAUACAUCCGGGAUCAAUAGGAGCGCUCACUCGUGAGAUGGAGAAGAACCCCGAGAUAUUUAUUCAAACUGGAUAUCCUCUUGAUUUGCCAUCUGGAAGUCUAGGGAGUUACUGCAUCUAUGAAUAUCAUAUGCCUUGUUCGAUGGGAUUUGCUACUGGUGGAAGAACAUUCUUUCUGUGGGGAGGCUGUAUGAUGAUGCAUUCCGAUGACUUUAGGCAAGAUCGUUAUGGUGUAGUCUCGGGACUUAAAGAUGGCGGAUAUUCUGAUGAUAUGACUCUUGCAGCCAUAGCUGGGGCUCAUAAAAGACUUAUUACUUCUCCUCCAGUUGCUGUAUUUCCUCACCCCCUUGCCAGUGAUCUUAAUUUUGGAAGAUACUGGAAUUACUUGAGGAAACAAACAUUUGUUUUGGAGUCAUAUACAACAACCGUCAACUGGGUGAUGAACCGUGCAUUGUUUGGUGUUCACUGCUAUUUGUCAUGGGGAUUUGUAGCACCGUUCUUUAUGGCAAUGAUUCAUCUUGUAGCAGCAUUUAGAUUUUAUAGUUUGGGAUACUCACUUGAAGAAGUGACCUAUACCCCUGCUGGGUUAUCACUGGUGAGCUUCCUAGCCAUAUGCACUCUUGUGGAACUUCUUUCUAUGUGGAACUUGACAAGGAUAGAAGUUCAACUAUGCAACAUGCUGUCUCCAGAGGCACCACAACUAUCUCUUGCUGCCUAUAAUUGGUGUCUUGUGUUCAUUGCGUUGCUAGUGGAUAACUUUCUAUACCCUCUGUCUGCAAUCAAGUCUCAUUUUUCUCAAUCUAUCAAUUGGUCUGGUAUUUGGUACUACUUAAAAGAUGGAAAAAUUAUCAAGAUUGAAAGAACCGAAAGAGGCAAGGAUAUGACUCCAGUUUUCACAGACUUGGGAGGGAAACAUUUAUACGGAAAGAAAGGGAUACCUGCCAAAGGUUCAUUCAUCAGUUCUUUGUCCAGAACUCUGGCACAAUGGCAUCAACCCAAAAAAUUUGAUAACUAG